AUAUAUAUAUAUAUAUAUAUAUAUAUACCAACCAAUUAUUAGUGUAAAUCUAAUACUACACCUGAUGGUACUCGGUUGGUUAUAUUAGGUAUUUUUUUUUCUUUUUUUUUUUUUUAUUUCUUACCAAGUGCUCACCAUAACCUUUUAUAGAUAAAAUAAUACAUAAUCAAUUGUUAGAUAAUAUCGAGUAUCGACAAAUUACGUUAUGUGUUGAUUAAGACAAUCGUAUGAAAAAGUAUUUAAGUAAUAAUAUUUUUAACGGGCAAGAUUUACUUAGUUAUUUCGUAAGUAAAUUUAAUAGUUACACAUCAGUGAUAUUAAAUUGUAAUUAUAGUUAUUAAAAAUAGUGAGUGCGGUUGACAAGUGUAGUAAAAGAGCUCAAGUACGGCGCUAUAAGCGCCUGAAGGAGCUCUAAAAAAAUGCAGAUGAUGACGGGAGAAAAAGGACCGAGCCACCUUGUCGUUCUUUACGUAGCGACCGCAGGACUACAGGGCAAUGCACUCGGUACUGAUGAAGAAGAAAUUAUACUUAUUAUUUAUGUUCUCAUCGAUGUGCUCCAAAAUAAGGUAAUAGGUCAUCAACAGUAUAUAGUACAACCAUCUUCUUUAUUGGAAGCAAGUCAAGAGGAUGACACUUCAGGAUCGACAACGUCAAACAGUGUUAUUAGUGAAACCGCAUUAACUCACGCUCCAAAUUUAAAUGAACAAACUCUUCGAGAGCACGGCAUUUCAUUGAGUCAAGCUAUUCAACAGUUUGAAAGUUGGUGGUCAUCGUUGACAUGUGUAUCCGCCGGAAGUUCACCUCGUUUUGUGGUUGAUGGGCAAGCUCCUUUAAGACAAUGUCUUCAUCCUGAGUGCUACAAUAAAGAUCUAGACCUCCCGGAAUAUUACAAUUAUUUUUAUGAUCUUCGCAAAGAGUUUACCAGUUGUUAUUCAACUCAAGGAGAACUUGCUACCCCCAGUAUCCAGGAAAUGAUUCAAUAUUUUGGCAUGUCGCCAGACACUGAUAAUGAUUUUCACGUAAAAGAAGUUCAAGAUAUGGUUAAUGUUAUACAAAGAAUGAUCAAAGAUGGACACAUAUUCCAGACCCCUGAAGUAAUAAAUCUUGUUCUAGAACCUGGUAUAUGUUCAAAGGAUGAAGAAGUUGAUAACAAUUGUGUUGUGAGAGCCCGAGGUUUGCCGUGGCAAUCAUCAGACCAAGAUAUUGCCAAAUUUUUCCGUGGGUUAAAUGUUGCCAAGGGUGGAGUAGCCUUAUGUUUAAGUCCCCAAGGCAGACGCAACGGUGAAGCUUUAGUAAGAUUUGUUAAUAAAGAACACAGAGACAUGGCGUUAAAAAGGCAUAAGCAUCACAUUGGCAAACGGUACAUCGAAGUGUACAAAUCAUCUGGCGAGGAAUUUGUAAGAGUUGCAGGUGGUGCUAGCGGUGAAGCUCAUGCAUUUCUCUCGCGUGGUGCUCAAGUCAUUGUGAGAAUGCGAGGUUUACCAUACGACUGCGUUGCUAAACAAGUGAUUGAAUUUUUUUCCGGUGGGCAAAAUCCGUGUCAAGUGCUUGACGGUGAAGAUGGAGUGCUGUUUGUCAAAAAGCCAGACGGCAGAGCUACAGGGGAUGCUUUUGUUUUGUUUGCUAAAGAAGCUGAUGCUGAAAAAGCGCUUAGCAAACAUCGUGAUUGUAUUGGAGUUAGAUAUAUCGAGUUGUUCCGGAGUACGACUGCAGAAGUACAACAAGUUCUCAAUAGAGCUAUAGACAUUAAACCACCGGUUGAUAUGACAUCAAUGUUACCACUUCCUCCUCCAUUGCUUCCACAGUAUAUAAUAACAUCAGGAACAAGAAAAGACUGUGUCAGAUUACGUGGUCUUCCAUAUGAAGCGUUAGUUGAACAUAUCCUGGAAUUUAUGGGGGAAUACGCGAAGCAUAUUGUCUACCGUGGAGUACAUAUGGUCUACAAUUCCCAAGGUCAACCGUCGGGUGAAGCAUUUAUUCAAAUGGACAGCGAAAAUUCAGCAUUCGCAUGCGCGUCACAGCGUCACCACCGGUACAUGAUAUUUGGGAAAAAACAGCGUUACAUCGAAGUGUUCCAGUGCAGCGGAGAUGACAUGAAUCUGGUAUUGACAGGUGCAGCACCACCAGUAGCCAAAUCGCUUCUCUCAUCCGGUACGUUGAGCUCACAUACACACCCGGCCCUAGCUCCUCCUGCCGCGGCAGCACCUAUGCCGGUACAAACAACCACCCAACCCCCGUUAUGGGAUUUACAUACAUUAGUACAGGCACAAGCCCAAGCCCAAGCUCAAGCACAAGCUCAAGUCCAAGCUCAAGCUAUGAGAAAUCAAGAUUUUUGGUUAAUGGCACUUGCCGCAAAUCCACCACCACCAACAUCAACAACUAACGGAUCACAAAACGCUGUUGUUACUAGUAAAGCUCUUGCCCUUCCUUCACCCACUCAGCAUCAGUUAUCAACUUACUCAUUAAAUCAUCCACAUUCUCAUCAUACUCAUCAUCCUCACCAUCAUCAUGCAGCGUCUGCUGCCGCUGCUGCUGCUGCUGUUCACGCAGCAUCGCUUCCUCUUCACACUCCACAAACACAACCGCCGUUUUUAUUUUUCAAUAUGCCGUCGAGAAUUCCAAUUCUUCGGCCUCCCGGUCCCCAUGGACUUUUAUCACCCAUUGUACAAACUCCACAAAUAAAUCCCGCGGCAUUUAUGGGUAUUAAAAGGUCAUGGGAAAAUGCAUUUUCUGCUGCUGCUGCUGCCGCUGCUGCUGAUACUGUUUCCAGUGUACCAAAACGUCCAACUUGGCAAGCACCAGCGGCAUAUCACGCAGCAGCCGCUGCUGCUGCCGCUGCUUCUGCUGGUACAUCCGGCCUUGCCUACCCUGCUCAAUUUUAUCCUCAAAUGUAAUAACUUCAGUCUAUUUAUUUUUUUUUAAUUAUUUACUUAAUCGAUAUGUGAUUAAUCUUGCACACUUAAAAAGACAGACUCGAUAUCAUACAUAAGAAUAGUUCUUACGGUUUAAUGGUUGUGUCUAAAACAAAGUACAAUCAAUAAUCAAGCGGCUAUUUUCAAUAUAGUUUAUAUUUUUUAUUAAGAAUAAGUAUAUCAUUUUCCAUUGCUUUUUUUACACUAGGUAUUUUUUCUAACUUUGAAAACGGCGCACACGC